AUGCCCCCGAAUAGGAAAGAUGUGGCUAACCAAAACCCUCAGGACAGGGGAAGGGAAGACGAACUUGACGAUAAUAAUGAACCAGAUAAUGAUGACUUAACAGCUGGAUUGGCUGAAAAUGCAUCAGAGGUACCUAACGACGACAUGGAGGAUGAUGAUCUCUUGCUAGACGAUUCAUUGUCGCCAUUAGAAAAAAUUUUCCUGUUUGCCAAAAGUGAAGCAGUAUUCCAUAGAGUGUAUAUUGCAAAAGAACUUUCAAUGCUGAUAAAAGAUGUCGAGAUAAGUGAUGCCGUAGAAUUUCUAUUGCCAUUAAUGAAUUCCUUGGGAACUGACCCAGAUGACGCAGUAAGAGAAGCUUUCGCCCCUGAAUUGGAUAAAAUUAUAUGGUUCUUUUAUUCUCAUUGUCCCAUAAAAGAACCUACACCAGAAACGACGGCUACGAUCAUACCAUAUGAAAUUAAAGAUUCCAUUCCACCAAGACCUCAUACACCUCAAAGGCCGUCAACACCUCGAGACAGGUCUCAAAACCCACAACGACCACAAACGCCAAAACCCGAAUCUUCAGUACUCCCAUCAAGAUCACAAACUCCUACCACUACCACCGCUGCCACGCCUAAUCCACCUUACUUAUCCCCACAAUCGUUCACACCGCUUCUUCACGCUCUUCUUCUUGAUCAGAAUACCGGUAUUGCAACUGCGGCACAGAAUGUUGUGUUGUCGUUGGUGGGAAAAAUUUUGGAGGAUACAGAAGUCAACGCCAAGGAUAAAGAGUACCUGGAGAAAGAGACGCUGGAAGGGGUGGUGUUGGGUAUUGGUCGUUUGGAUCAAGAAAGAGCGAAACGUGAAGAAACAGGCGAAUGGGAUAAUGAUAAUGAUGAUCAGAGCAUUAAUGGAGUGGCUGGUAGUGAGGAGGAAGCAGAAUUGGGGAGGAUGACAAUGAUGUCGCUAAUUUCUGCAUUAGCGUCAAUUGUUGGUCCUGAAAGGUCAACUCGAUUAUUUAUUCCCGAAAUAGACAAAUUAGCUGAAGAACCAGUGUUUUACGUAAGGAAGGAAGCAGCUAUGGCUGUUGGUGGUUUAGCUAGUAUAGUGCCACUUGAUGUAAUUACUACAAAAUUGCUUCCCAUAUACGACCAUUUCUCAACCGACCCGAUUUGGCAUGUGCGACGUUCAUGUUGCCUAGUGCUUCCCACAAUAUGCUCUCGCCUACCACCAGAAAUGAAGUCCGAUCGAGCAAUCAAGGGCAUCGACCUAUUCGCCGGCGAUGUCAGUCGUAGUGUUCGAUCGGCUGCCGGUGAAAUCAUCGGUGAACUAAUUGCAACCUUUCAGCCAGGUGGUGAAGUACCCGAGAAAUUAGUUCAACAUUUCCUUAGUUUGGGACCGGGGAGGGAUACUUCGUUGGGUAGUACUGCCAUUAAUAGCACUUUGGCUUCUUAUGGAUUAAAUCAACGAGAUCCUGAGCGUCCAUAUAUAUGUUCUUAUAAUUUUCCAGCUGUUGUAUUGACACUGGGUCCUAGUCGCUGGGAUGAUUUAAAAGAAACUUAUGCUUCUUUAACACGUGAUCAGCAGAACAAAGUACGACGGUCCCUAGCCUGUUCGCUACACGAAAUCGCAAAAGUAGUAGGUUCGGAAAAGACCGAACGUGACCUACUGAGCGUAUUUGCAUACUAUCUUGCCGAUCAGGACGAGGUGAAAUCCGGCCUGUUGGAACACUUGGCGGCAUUUAUUGAAUGCUUGCCCGAAAAAACUCGUAAUGAUUAUUUGCCGUCGUUGAAUGAAGUGUGGGACGGGGUAAAGAACCAUUGGCGGUUGCGAGAUGUUAUUGCAAAACAAAUACCAGCUCUCUGUCGACUAUUUGAUAGUCAAAGUGUAAUGAAUCAUAUACUGCCGUUGACAAUUAGGGCUGUCAAGGAUGUGAUUGCUAGUGUCCGAGAAACUGCUGUCAGCUGUUUCCCAACAUUGUUUGAUGUGGUAAGAAAUGACAACACAUGCUACAACGAACUAAUAAAUCAAGUAAAGCAAUUUGCGACAGAUGCUGGAUUCCGAGGGCGAGUUGUAUAUGUUCAGAUUGUUAAUGCAUUAAUUUCGAAAAACACAAUAUCGAAAAUCGAGUUCGAGACCCAUUUUUUGCCGGCACUUGUAAGUCUUGCAUCCGAUCGUGUAUCAAAUGUGAGAAUUGUGCUUGCUCGAUUAGUCAGCGAUAUUUGUCGGUCAGAGCGAGGCUACGCAAAUCCAUCUACUCGACCUAUAGAAGCGAACGAACUAAUAAAACUGCUAGCACAAGAUUCAGACGUGGAUGUACGAGCAUUCGUCUAUUCGUUAUUACCGCCUGAAGAGCGAGCAUCUCUGCUGCUUUCAUCAUCGUCAGCAUCCUCAGCUAAAAAUUCGAUUGAGAAAACCGAAAACGGCCUGCUUCAUAACAAUAAAGAGAAAGAUGAUACCUCAAUAAAUUCCCCCAAUAUACAUCAGAUGACUGACGACAUGGCAAUUGAUGAGCCAAACGAUCAAGAAAAUGGACUCCUUGAUGAUGAUGAUUCUUCAAAUGCAAUGAUGGGUGAGAUUCCGAUUGCAUUUAUCGGGAUCACUGGUGAUGCUAUGGAAAUUGAUGAUAAGGUGACGAUGAAUGAAUCGUCUAUGCCAUCUUCCACUUUAUCAUCGUCGUCGAAUCCAGUUUUUGACUCGUUGAAAGCUAUGCAGGAAAAAGGAGAGCAAGCUCAUUCACAGGAUAACGACACUAUUAACGAACCUGAAAUUAGUGCAAUGAACAUUUCUCUUGAUGAUGAUGGUGGUGGCGAUGGACAAAAUGCCACGGAGCAUGAUAUUAAUCAUGGACAAUUAUCUUCUGAUGUUGCUAAUAUUAAUACUAUAUCAUCGACUCUACCAUCUUUAGCUUCAAGUAUGACAACAAUAGAUAGUGAUUUGAUGACAACGACAACUGCUUUGCAUUCAGAUUCUUUAUUUACCAUCCCCUCUUUGGAAGAGGAAGAAAGGAUUAUUAAAAAAUUUGCCAAUCCCUCUUUGGAAGAGGAGGAAACAUCUGUAGUUACGGGUUCUCCCUCGAAUCACGUAGACAGUGUUGUCAUGCUAUCCGAAGCCGAAAACACUUAA